UUUCGUUGGCCUGAUAAUGGAUUAAUUUUCGCCGGGGAGUUCACCCCGGCGGCUGUAGUCCGGAGCAGAGCACACAGCACCGCGGCAGCAGCACUCAGCGAUAAAUCAAGGCCGGAGUGAUGCGACCCACACAGGCGUAAGCGAAAUCAAGCUACGAAAAUGGGAUUCGUUCGACGGACGAAGCUGCUUCCGAGCCGAACGAUGGCGUCCCUAUUGCCGUUGCUGCUGCUCGCAGUAUUAUCGAACGCGCGAUUAGAAUCAGCAAUCAGUCCAGUGAGUAACGUGGGCUCGGUAUCGAGCGGUUCUUCGUCGUCCUCUUCUUCCGCCUCCUCGUCGUCGAUGGUGGGCGUCGUGCCUGGCAGUGGCUCCGCUUCCGGCAGCAUGGUAGGGUCUGGAAACAGCGUGGUCGGGGGUGGCAGUAGCGGCGUUGGGCACUCGUCGCUAGGUGGCGGGACGGUGAAUGGGAACGGCAGAUGCGAGGAGAUCACGAUCCCGAUGUGUCGAGGAAUCGGGUACAAUCUGACAGCCAUGCCGAACGAGUUGAAUCACGACAACCAGGAAGAGGCCGGUCUAGAGGUGCACCAGUUCUGGCCGUUGGUGGAGAUCAAGUGUUCGCCGGAUCUGAAGUUCUUCCUGUGCUCCAUGUACACUCCGAUAUGCUUGCCCGAGUACACGAAACCUCUGCCAGCUUGUAGGAGCGUUUGCGAGAGAGCACGAGCCGGUUGCGCGCCGUUGAUGCAGCAGUACGGAUUCUCCUGGCCAGAGAGAAUGGCCUGCGAGAGACUACCGACUCACGGAGACCCGGAGAACCUGUGCAUGGAACAGGACAAUCAUACCAGCAGCACCGGAUAUGGGUCCGGGAACGGAGGAGCAGCGAGCAGCGCCCCUCUGCCAGCAGCGCCACCGCGUCCAACUAGGCCGUCGAAGACGACCCAACCACCGCGGUGCAAGCCAGGCAAAAAUCAAAAAAACUGCCAACAUCCCCCGGGGGAAAGGGCGAGGGAUUGCGCGUGCCGCUGCAGGGCACCCCUCGUACCCCUGGGGGCGGGGGGCACGGUCAUUCCGGGACCGAUAAGCGGCAGCAGCACCGGCAACAUAGGCAACGGGGCUGGUCUGGCAGGCAUGGCCGUAAGUGGGGUCAUACCGGCGCCACCGAUAAGCAUCGCUCGGAGCAUCAUCCAGGACAUUGCCGGAGUACCGAACUGCGCUCUCCCGUGCCACGGGGCGUUUCUCACCCCAGAAGAGCGCGAGUUCGCGGCCGUGUGGCUGGCUCUGUGGAGCGGCCUGUGCGCCGCAAGCACGCUCGUGACCGUCACCACGUUUCUGAUCGACACCCAGCGCUUCAAGUAUCCUGAGAGACCGAUAGUGUUCCUGUCAGCUUGCUACUUCGCCGUGUCGGUCGGCUACCUGUCCAGGAGCGUGUUCGGCCACGAGGAGAUAGCCUGCGACGGACUGGCACUGAAGUCCAGGGCACAGGGCCCGGAAGCUUGCGUCGCCGUCUUCCUCAUGAUCUACUUCUUCGGAAUGGCGUCGUCGGUCUGGUGGGUGAUCCUCGCGUUCACGUGGUUCCUGGCAGCGGGUCUGAAAUGGGGCAACGAGGCGAUAGCCUCGUACUCGCAGUACUUCCAUCUAGCGGCCUGGCUAGCACCAGCGGUCCAGACGUUCUCGGCGUACCUGGCCGGGGGAGUGGCAGGGGAUCCAGUGGCAGGAGUCUGUACGGUAGCCCCGGAAGGAGUACGGUCGUUCAUUCUGGUACCCUUGUUCGUGUACCUUCUGCUGGGAACGAGCUUCCUUCUGGCAGGAUUCGUGAGCCUGUUCAGGAUCCGUUCGGUGAUAAAACGACAGCCGGGAGCGAAGGCGGACAAACUGGAGAAACUGAUGAUACGCAUCGGCGUGUUCAGCGUUCUGUACACGCUACCAGCCGGAGUAGUGUUGGCCUGUCACAUGUACGAGACGACGUUACGAAACGAGUGGCUCGGUUCGCUGGCAUGCCCCUGUCGACCAAGAGCAAGACCUCUCUACUCCGUCCUGAUGCUCAAGUACUUUAUGGCGCUCGCGGUAGGCAUCACGUCAGGCGUGUGGAUCUGGAGCGGCAAAACCGUCGACUCGUGGAAACGUCUAUGGAGGCGUUUGUUCAGCGGCGGGAGCGCAGGCGGCGGUCACGGAGGCGGUGGCGCCGGUAUGGUAGCAGGCGUGACAGGCGUCAGCGGAGGCAUCGGCAGCACCAGCAUCAAGGGCGUCGUCGGACGUGUCGGAGUGCCGUAUCCACCAGCACCGGGCCCCGGCAGCGCUUUACUUCCACCUGGCAGCGUGGCCAGCGCGUCUCAGCAUCAUCUUCAUCAUCACGUCCUCAAGCAACCCCCUCUGUCGCACGUAUGACGUCACCAGUCGGCGGGGGGCGAUAUGAACACCGCUGGCUGCGAGCCGCAGCAACAGCAACAGCAACAGUCGGUGCAACAGGAGAGGCCUUCCGCCCUUAGUAACUACGGGCCCAUUUAGCCCUUCGCCUCGGCCUCGCGCAGGCACACGCCGCAUACGGCGCCGCACACGGCGCCACACACGCCACACUCGGCGGCUACCAUAUACUCGAGGAGGUCGUUGGCGUCCACGGGCCCCCUCACGCCAGCUCACGGACUCGCACCCUCGUACACCCAGGCCACCGAAGUAUGAAUCGAUUUUCGAUAGCAACUUUGUCACCGUUCUUAACAGUAUGCCGAAAUGAAAGAGGAGAAAGGGGGUCGUCGAGGGUGUAUGCGUUUCUCGGUACCACCGACGUGUGGCGCUUCACGACGCGUCGAACAGCGUCGAUGACUCGCGACGGUGCUUCUCGAUUACCCGAUAUACGUAUUAGCCCGUACGUGUCUUUUCCGCCGGUCUCGAGCCGCUUCUUUUCUAUUUCUACGUCAUUUUUAACCCGUGUACACGUAGGCUAACGAUCCUUUUUACCAAUCUCGUGAAUUUAGCGCUGAAAUUUCUGUAAUUGGUGAGACGCGUAGCGCGAACGCGGUUCGAAUUCUACCACCGGAGCAGUCGGUAUAUAUAUAUAUAUAUGGUAUACUUGGACCCUCGACGCGGCGACACCAGAGGGCGACGGUGCGCAACAUGGCGCUCGAGACCGGCCGGUGUAGUGAGAUUGUGACGUUAGUGCGUGGAUCGAAUGUGGUUUAACGAGUGAGUGAAUCGAGCGAAUGGGACGCGUGACAGAAAUUCUCUCUUAUUCGUAUCUAUCUGUACUCUUUCUUACUUAUAUACCGUAGCGGAGCUCGUACAGUCCGCAUGUCCGUCUAACGUGUAUCGUCUCGUCUAUUUAUCUAACCUAGCCAUAACAGAAGUAUAGGUGUAAAACACGGACUUUUAGAUGUCGUUACUUAAGGAUUACGGCGGUGGUCCGGCAUUCCGCGUCGCGUGUUUUUGUAAUUUCAUACGAUUUAGUCGCUAGUCGAACGGUCGAAGCGAACGUGUGUCGGUGCGGGAGAGGAGGGGAUCGACUGAUCAUCUCGACCAAUGAAAGUACUCCGUAGAGCCACGAAUACAGGCUCACCGCCGGCGAUCGUAUGAAGUGCGACGUGCAAGUGUAUAGCGCAGACGUAUAAGGGAAGGAAGGAAAGGUGGAGAACGAAAGGUAACUGUAAAUAUUAUUCUUAGAUGUUAGGUAAACUGCUGUAAAUAUAAAAGAGAAAUGGUGAGAGAACGAUCAUCAGAGAACGAUUUAUCGGUCGACACGAAUUUAAUACGAUGUACAGACGCGAGCAUGCGCAGUCGCGACGGUGACGCGUUCCUUUUUGCGCAUUUAUCCGUGAACCUCUGAAUUCGUUUCGUAUCCUUCGAAGAGAGUUUCGAUGGCCGAUGAAACGAGUCUCUUGUCAAACGUUUGGUGCAAUGAGUAAUGGGUAUCGAAUAACAAUUGGAAUACCGUAAAAAGAAGCUUCGAAGGGAGCUGCUAGUCUUGCCGCGGGCGAAGGAACGCGUCGAUCGAAGCGUAAAUGCGUCGAGAAAAGAAAACGAAACGUGUGUUUACGGUAUGUAUACACGUAUACAUACGUCGAAGCACGAUUUCGGGUGUCGAACGCGACUUUUUUACUGCCGAACGGAGCCCCCCCCCCCCCUCAACCUUUACCGUUUUAUAUAUAUUUUUAUAUAUGUAUAUGAUAUAUAUAUACACACACACACACGUUUUAAACGUAGCAGCAAAAAACAGGAGUGCAGAGGUAACACGAUUCCAAAUGACACUUGUUUUUUUGUACCUUGCACGGCUUUCCGUCUCUAGCAGGGACUCCAGCCGUGUGUACACGCACACGCAUACCACCGAGGCACACACACGCUCACACGUACACAACCAUUCGUACAUACUCGCACGUCGUAGAGAAAAGGACGAGAAAAUGUUCUGUGUAACCCGAGAGUAAAUCGUAGGUAAAAGGAUGAAGAAAAAGAAAAAAAAAAAAAUAUCCAGGCAAUUCAUAUACACACACGUUCGCGUGUUUUCUGUGU